AUGAGCAUGCCAAUGGAAUGGUACGAACCCAAGGUGGAGGUGGUACCGUUAGACUUGACCACGAAGAAGGAGGAUAACUACGCCGUCUCAGAGGCAGAGGCGGAACGCGAUAGCCCAGGGAAAUUGACGGAUGACGCACCACUGUUGCAAUCAAGCGCUAAAAAAGGUGUUGAAUCAACGCCACUGAACAUGAGUGACAGAACAGAAUUACCGCCGGCGUCCGCGAACGUUACUCAACGUGCCACAGUGGUGGCGCCGUCGCCAAAGGUGCAGGACGAAUCGUCACCGCCACCGCAGCCACAAUGCAAGGACCACUGGACGCCGGCCACGCCGUCACCCAUGAUGGCCACGGAACACUUGACACCACUGCAUGGGGCGUAUGCCGACACCACCGCUUACCGGCACAUGGUCUUGUCGUCCGCAGCCUUUCCCAAAUACAACCCGUUCCCGCCUGUACUUCCAACGUCCAGGGCUACUCAGUUCAACCGGAUCUAACACAAGUUUUCAUAUCUGCACAUGCAACAUCAGCAUCUGUUCAAUCUGCAGCAUCAUCACCAUCUUCAGCAGAAUCUCCACAAGCAGCAAAAGCUCCAGCUGCAAGCUGCGUACGGUGGUGUCCCCCUGGACCAUGCGUCGAUGAUGUCCUGCAGCCCAGUGUACACAGCUACGUCAUCGCCGUCCUCGUCCGAAUCCAACCACUUACCGAGACCAACCACUGACGACCGUUACCACUUCCGUCGCCAGCAACAGCAACUGCAGCGAGACCUAGACCGAGAGAACCGCCAAAACCUUGAGACGUGCGCGACAUGCCGGCAGUUGGACUUCUCGUCAAUCCGCAACCGGUACAUGGAGAGCUCGGGGACGCUGAUGAACGUGAAGGAAACGAGGCAGUCCACCAACAACAACGAUAACAACAACAGCAGUAGUAGCAGCAACAACAACCAUGAUGACCACGGGUUGACGCCCAGGCAGCAGCAGUACGACCAGACGUACGUCAUGGAGUUGCAGAGGAACAACGAGGUGGCAAGACGGUCGCAGGACGCCAAGCGGCAGAAAUACGUCGAGAACCAGAUCAUCGUCAUGUACCUGAUCAAGAAGGUGAAAAAGAUGGAGGACAUCAAUAGACGGCUGCUAAUGGCCAACAGUAAUAUACUUUCCGAGUAG